UAUCAUGUACUAGGCGGUGAGUGUGCUGGGAGAUACUGUGCACCUUAUUGUCGUCGGAAUUGGAUUGUUAUAAUAUGCCAUCAACACCAGAGAAGUUGACAAAGUAUGAAAAGAUUGAGAAUUAUGUGCGGGGAUUUAAAUUAUCCUCCCUAACAUACAAGAGAGUGAUGCAUCUUUUGCAUGAUGAAAUGAACUAUGGUCUCCUUAAGACCUCCAAUCAUAUGGCAGAUAUCAAAAUGUUUCCCACAUUUGUCCGUGCCUUACCUGAUGGGACAGAAAAAGGAAAGUUUUUGGCUCUAGAUUUGGGUGGAACCAACUUUCGUGUACUGAUGGUAAAGUUGGAUGGCCGAGAAGUUGAUAUACAGAGUAAAACUUACCUUAUACCACAGAGAAUUAUGCUUGGCACAGGUAUACAGCUAUUUGACCAUAUUGCAGACUGUAUUGGACGAUUUGUGAAUGACCAUGAUUUGCAAGGGGAACAACUGCCCCUGGGGUUUACUUUCUCCUUUCCAUGUAAACAAGAAGGUCUUGCAACUGCACGCCUCUCAAAGUGGACAAAAGGAUUCCGAUGUGAAGGAGUUGUAAAUGAAGACAUUUGCAGGUUACUUCAAGAUGCUCUGAAGCGCAGAACAAAUACUGUGAUUGAGAUUGUUGCUGUCGUGAAUGACGCUGUAGGAACGCUGAUGUCCACCGCUCACAGCGACAGGCAGUGUGAAAUUGGUCUCAUUCUAGGCACAGGUUGUAAUGCUUGUUACAUGGAACAGCUGGACAAUGUUGAACUAUGGGAAGGUGAUAAUUGUCACCCUCAACAGGUUAUUAUCAACACUGAGUGGGGAGCGUUUGGAGACAAUGGCUGUCUGGACUUUAUCCGAACAGAGUAUGAUAGAGAACUGGAUAACUUCUCCAUCAAUCCUGGAAAACAGAUUAUGGAGAAAAUGAUUUCUGGGAUGUAUAUGGGUGAGAUUGUGCGACUUACCCUAGAACGACUUACCAUGGAGGGACUUAUCUUCACAAGUAUUGACCGCGAGUGUGAACUGUUUGUCAGGGGACGUUUCUACACAAAAUAUGUAUCUGAAAUUGAAAGUGAUCAUGAUGAGUUUUUCGCUAAUACAAAACAAGUUCUAGAUGAAUUGGGCAUUGAGAACUAUACAACAGAGGACUGCAAAAUUGCCAAAUAUAUUUGUACAUUGGUUUCAGCGCGGGCAGCUUUCCUUGCAUCAGCAGGUCUGGCCACACUUAUUAACAAGCUCAAUAAGCCAGAGAUGACGAUAGCAGUUGAUGGCUCACUUUAUAGAUUCCAUCCUCGGUUCCACAACCUCAUGUGUCUGAAAAUACAGGAACUUGUAAAGCCAGGAUUAAAGUUCAAGUUAAUGCUUUCCCAUGAUGGAAGUGGAAAAGGUGCCGCCCUUGUUGCAGCAGUCUCAAUGCGUCUUCGUGAUAAAGACUAUCAGGAAGACAAGGCAGGGUUGGCUUGUGUAUGACAGACACCUUCAAUCUAAACAUGAACAGCAUUUAUUGUGUGAGUGACAAAUGAAUGCAAGUGGAGGAAUGCUAGAAUGUAUAGCACAUGAAAGGACCUCAAUUCCAAGGUGAUCCUUACAAGGUCACAAUACUAAUGCUGCUAGACUGGCUCCCAAGCCUGUUCCUGAGAUAUACACAUGUGCUAGUAACGUGUGAUUCUCCAGUUCACUACAGCGUCGUGUGAUGUAAUACAGUGAUGUUUUACUGUAUCAAAGUCACUGUGUUAAUCACACAAUCAAGACUUAACUCCUGUCCUGUCCUUAUAAUAGAAAGGGUUGUUUAACAUACAUUCAAGAUAAUCAUGUACCUGAUAUAAAACCAAGCAUUGGUUACACAAUUUCUCUUACAGUAUAGCUUUCAUUUUAGGGGAGAAAGUGUGUUCAACAUUAAAAACUUCAUAUUUUGUGUUUCAAAUCAUGACAGAUUGAUUUUCACUUUGACUGCCUGGUUAAGGUCAAUAUUUAGGGUCAGUUCAGUAUUCCUGUGUAUCAACUCUACACUAACCAGGUAUAACGAGAGAAAUCUCACCCUGACAAUUACAAGAUAGAACUGUAUGAUAAUGUUAAGAUGUCAUAAACACAAUCCAAAUUUAGGUCUAGAGACAUAACUCAUCCAAAAUUUUGCUUAGAACCAAAUUGUUUGGAUAAGAAAUUGAUUUACGGUUUGCAUUUUCUUAUCUAGGUCCAUUCUCUUUAGCAUUUUGAGCAAUCAAAAUAUUCCGACAGAAAAAUGAACAAGAUUCAAUACUUUUAAAGACCAAAUCAAGCAGCAGUAAGUGGCUUUCAAUGACACCAGUAUGUAGACAACUCCUUUACCCUUUUUGUUAUUGCCAAAGAAUACUUUUAUGACUACGGAUUAAAUUUUACAUAGUCUUUUCUUCUCUUGUGUAAAACGAAAUAUUUCUCACAUUUCCUUCCAAAGUAAGAGUGGGCUUAAAAGUGGCUUUAUCUCUUGAUAAAGCCAAGAAGAUUAUUGUGUGACUAUGUGAUUUAUGCUUUUUAAGCCAUAGCAAGGCUUAACAAUGUUGUUGCAAGCUUUUUGUAGUGGACGAAGAGUCUGCAAAUGUUAUUUUUGUUGUUAAUGUAUAUAGUUGUAAAUAUGUCUGAAGGCCUUAUACUGCUGUGUAUUUAUCAGCAUUACACUUGUUAAUUAAUCUGUAUAUAAUUGAAUGUUCAGUUACUGGAUAUAUAUGUUAUCAUGCUUGUGUAGAAAUAGUAUUGUAUAACCAAUUUGAUUAAAACAGAUUCCUAAAUACUGUUAUACUUCCUGAUGCUAAAACAAUGUGACUGCUCCAGAUAUAGAGGUAAUUUUUCGUUUUAUACCUUUCAUGGAUCUAAAUUGAUUCAGGUUUGAUAUAUCUGUUCAAAUUUUAUUUGAUAGAAUACACGUACUCUUUGUAUCAAAACUUUUUCGUGUUGUAUUAUAUCAACUGAACUCCUACUGAUUUUUAAAUGAUAAUUAUACAAAUUAAUUGCUGUAUCUUGAGGUCAGUCAACAUAGCAAAUAUCGAGUUACACCUACAUUUUCAGACCUGACAGCCAUCUUCAACCAAUCACUUUAUUUAAUAACAAGAAGUUUAACUAAAAUAAUUGCCUGUAGAUGGCCGUCAGAUCUGAAAAUGUUCGUGAAACAGAACAUUUGCUAUGUUGACUAAGUCAUCCAACAGCAUUCUAUCAAUACAAUAUAUAUAUAUAUAAAAACUUUAUCAUGAUAAAAAUAUAAUGUAGUAAAUUAUGGUAUGUUAGAUCUGUUAUUAACCAGAUUGGUAUACAAGUUACAUAAUCUCUGCAUGUUUAGCACAGGGACUUGUAGCAGGAAUCUGUAGCAUGAUCCCAUUCUCACUCACAAUGUGUAUACAUUUAAAUGGAGUUCAUUCUAAAAGUUUGUCAGAGAAAAAUUAUGUGAUCAUUUUUGGAUUGAAAAUAAAUGGUGAGGUAUAUGUAGGGAAAAGGUGAUAUGUAUGUAUAUAGAGGAGGUUGAUGUGUUGGUAUUUAGGGGAAAGUGAUAUGAAAGGGAAGGUUUUAUGUAGGUAUAUGGGGGAGGGUGAAAUGUAGGUAUAUGGGGGAGGGUGAUAUGUAGGUGUGUAAGAGAAGGUGAUAUGUAGGUGCAUGGGGGAGGGUGAUAUGUAGGUAUUAGGGGAGGGUGAAAUGUAGGUAUAUAAGGGAGGGUGAAAUGUAAUUAUAUAGGGGGCGGUGAUAUGUAGGUGUGUAAGAGAGGGUGAUAUGUAGGUGCAUGUGGGAGGGUGAAAUGUAGGUAUAUGGGGGACAGUGAUAUGUAGGUGUGUAAGAGAGGGUGAUAUGUAGGUGCAUGGGGGAGGGUGAUAUGUAGGUAUUAGGGGAGGGUGAAAUGUAGGUAUGUAAGGGAGGGUGAAAUGUAAUUAUAUAGGGGACGGUGAUAUGUAGGUUUGGACAAUGAGGGAUACGAGGAUUAUGCUACAUUUUCCUGUGGUCCAGCUGUACACCUUACAUUUAGUUCUGUAUUACAUGUAAUAUACUUUUUAGUGCUGUAUUAAAUAUUAAAUUGAGGACAAUCUUUUUGUAAACUGAAAUUCCAUUGUAAAUAUGGAAAUUGUAGAGUUCUUAAACCAUUUUCCAGUUUUCACUAGAAAAGCUCAUAAAAAUGCUGUACCCAUAAAGGCAUGAGUCUAGAAUUCUACGAGAACUGUUUAUGAUGUAUGUAUUAUCUUUAUAACUAAUUUGAACCAUCUUUGAUAGAAAAAAUAUUGGAGUGCAUAUAUCACUCUAAAAGUUGGUUUUCAGCCUUGGUCACAAGAUGAAAUGAUUGUCGGAGGAGCAUCGGUUUUUUAUGGAUGGAGAAGUAGAGUUUAUAUUGUAAACUGCGUGUAGGUUUUACUCAUCUGACAUAUACUCUUUUGAAUUUACUCAAGAUAUACAAGUUGUAUUCAUUUCAAUGUUAUAAUACUAUUAAUUUUUAAUUUGUAAAAUCUAAGACGUCUUGUUCUGUGCUUUUUACAGACAGUGUUGUAUUGUUUUUAAAAUCCGUGAUGAGUUUGAUCUCACGAGAGUAAAUGUCAUGGCAUUAUGAUAUAAAUGCUGGUGAUGUCACUGCUGAUUUUUAAUUGAAAUGGAAACUUCCCAAUACAUCUCAAUUAUUGAUGUAUUCCAGUUUUUCUUGAUGAAAUAUUAAAAAAUCUCGCUUUAUUUCAUUUGAGAUCCUAGUAAAUUUAAUAAAACUACACCAGGAAAAUAGAAUGUAUUCAUCUGAUUUAAAAUGGUGUGGUGGUGUUGAAGCUUUAAGGAUGUGAAUCUCAUACUAAGUAUUACCAACAGGCAUCCAGCAUGUGUCCUUCACAAGUGUUUGUAGGGUAGAUUGUAUUCACAAUUACAGACCUUGCAUGUGUGAACCCUCACAAAUGCAAUAAACAGCAUCAGACCAUAUAAGGCAUUUGUUGACACAAAUAGCAUUUAAUUUGAAAUAUUUUACAACCAGAACAAGUGGUUAAUUCUGUUUACACCUUACUUACAAUUGGCACACUAUGUCUUAGCAAUACUAACAAUGUCCACACUCUCUAAUUUGAACCUACAAUUGACCUGCUCUGUCUAAACGGUACUUACAAUGUGUAUCCUCUCUAAUUUGAACCUACAAUUGGCCUGUUCUGUCUAAACGGUACUUACAAUGUGUAUCCUUUCUAAUUUGAACCGGUACUUACAAUGUGUAUCCUUUCUAAUUUGAACCUACAAUUGGCCUGUUCUAUCUAAACGGUAGUUACAAAGUGUAUCCUCUCUAAUUUGAACCUACAAUUGGCCUGUUCUGUCUAAACGGUACAUACAAUGUGUAUCCUUUCUAAUUUGAACCUACAAUUGGCCUGUUCUGUCUAACCGCUACUUACAGUGUGUACACUCUCUAAUUUGACCGUAUACUUGGCACACUCUGUCUAACCGGUACUUACAGUGUGUACACUCUCUAAUUUGACCGUAUACUUGGCACACUCUGUCUAACCGUUACUUACAGUGUGUUCACUCUCUAAUUUGACGGUAUACUUGGCACACUCUGUCUAACCGGUACAUGCAGUUGACACACUAUCUAGUGGUACCUACAUAUAAAGUCUCUAAAUUUGUUUGCGAUUGACACGAUGAGGAUUCUACUUCACAGCUUCAGUGAUGGGAAAUGAUUAACAGCAUUUUUGGUGCUGUUAGCAUGUAUAUUUUCAAUGUUCAUACAAAGUGAAAAAAGGUCUCCCUCCACACUUGAAAAAGUCAGAUUCCUUUUUUUAUAUUGUAAAAAAACAUUUUAUUGUUUAGAAGUAUGUCUUUUUUUUGCUGGUGACUUUUGAUAUACCACCUCUUUUGUUGCAUAUUUUCAUGUAAUAUUUUGUUUUAAUGUUGGAAGAACAACAGUCAGAAAGAAUUUUUCUCUGCCAUAUAUAUAUAUAUCAAGUGUAAGAAUUAAAAAUGUAACACUGCAUUUGAUUGGUCCACUUCAAUAGUUACCGUUAAAUAAUGCCAAAUAUACAAGAAGUUCAGAUGGCAGUUGUUGAUGACGUCAGUAAAUCGGACAAACCUAAACACGUGAUGACAAAAGUGCAACUAACAAACUUUGAUCAUCCUUCAAACUUCAGUGAUGUUGCUAAUGGGUGUAAUUUGUUAUUUAUAUUUCUGAAAUUUUAUCUUUUUUGGGAAUUUUGAAAUUCCCAUGACAUAUGUCCUGUUUAUACUGCCAGAAAUAUCCAUUUUGCUGUCCAAGUGCGGUAAGGACUAUCACAAGUGUCAAGCGGAAGUAGGCAAGGGUUGUCCCAUUAUAGAAGUGUUGGUAUUAUUCUGGUCGUGUCACAAUCAUGUAUUGGUCAAUAUUUUAAACAUGUUGAAGCAUUCAAAUGUAAGUCAAUGUCACCACGAACCAGAAACCAAGGUUUUGAUGGAAUAAAAUAAAAAAUUAGAGUGAAAAUACAGGAUUUUUAUGAUAUGUCCUUAUAACCAUGAUAUGGUAUGUUAUGAUAAGGUAGAAGGUCAAUCAGUGCACGACCUUCGAGGGUCUGUGGUAUACAUAGUAUUCAUGUCUAGGUCGGGGUGAUAAAACAUUGCGCGAUGUUUAAGGGUCAAAUUCCAGUAAUAUUUGAAAUGUCUGGAUGGUCCAAGCGAUAUUGCCACGGAUUAAUCAAAGCAUUUAUAAAAAUGACUAUCAUAAAGCUGAAGCAAUGGUUUUUAGAAACUCGUUAAUUAAUUAAUUAUUGUAACCAAACUUUUUUUUCUGUUGAGGUAAUACUCUGACAUGUAACUAUUUUUUCGUCCAUUAAAAUAAAUCGUCCAAAUCCCGUAUGUUUGAGUUUAUAUCGGAUAAUUGAGAUCUGGUAACAUAUGUCACAGGAAAAUAUAGCCAUACACACGGGAACGCUUUGUGACCGUUCUUAUUCCUUGCACAUGUGAAUCUGGCCGUUCCCAUUUCCUGCACACCUGUCAGCCAACUUAAACAUCAUCAGCAUUAUGGUUUGUAUAGUGUUGUCACAACAAAUGGUACUCUUAACGUUGGUGGGUCUGAAGAACCACGAGAUGAUUUGAUCCUUUAUUCCACUCUAUGAAUUGUGUCUUGCCUCUAUGAAUUCUUUAAAUUGACAUGAAAUAAAAUGUCAGAAGUA